GCAGAAAAUCGCUUAGCUCCGGACCUUGCUUCACACACACCGAGCCUGGAUUUCCUCUCUCUCUCUGUUUCUCAGAACCAUGUCGUCGACCGAGCGUAGAGACCUGGGCCGGGCGCUGUGCAUCAUCACCGGAGCCUCCAGAGGCUUCGGCCGGACUAUAGCGAGGGAGAUGUCUCGACUCGUGAAACCGCGAUCGGUGCUCGUCCUGGUGGCCCGCUCCGCCGACGACCUGCGCUCUUUGCAGGCAGAGCUGGCCGAGUCGGAGGCAGGUAGAGCGGGUCUGGUGGUUGAGUGUGUGGUGGCAGAUCUGGGUCAGACUGAAGGACUGGAGAACGUUGUCAGAACCUCUAAGGAGUCUUUUUCUGAGGAUAUAGAUCACAUCCUACUGGUCAACAACGCUGCCUCUCUGGGUGAUGUGUCCCGUUACGCCAAAAGCUUCACAGACAUGGCUGAGGUGAAUUCCUACCUGUCCCUCAAUGUCAGCUCCUCCCUGUGCCUCACCGCCCGCGUCCUGCAGGCUUUUCCGCAGCGUCCGGGUCUGCGACGCACCGUGAUCAACAUCUCCUCGCUGUGCGCCCUGCAGCCUUUCUGCUCCUGGGUUCUGUACUGCACCGGCAAGGCUGCCCGAGAGAUGAUGUUCAGGGUGCUAGCACAAGAGGAGCCGGACCUACGAGUGCUCAACUACUCUCCAGGACCUCUGGACACAGACAUGCAGAUGGUGGCCAGAUCCAAAACAGCUGACCCCAAUAUCAGGAAGUCUUUUUCAGACAUGUUUGCUCAGGGUCAGCUGCUCACCUGCGAGGAGUCCUGUGCCAAACUGAUGAAGCUGCUGCUGGAUGACAACUACACAUCAGGAGCUCACAUCGACAUCUGCGACCUCUAGACAGAGCAGCCCCUACAGGCAUUAACCACUGGGACCAAAUUAUUUUUAUGUGCCUUGAUUUUAAUUGAUACUCGGGUCAUUUACAUUUUCCCUCAGCCAUUUCAUUCUCAGCAUUCCACGGUCAGAUUUGGACAAUGCCUCAGCAAAACAUUGAGUAUGUAGGAGGAAGCCACUGAACUGAUUUUUUUUACUUCAGAUGUUUCAGGCCAUAACAGGUCAUCAGUCAAAAUGGUAAUUUACAACACAUGACUUUCAUUCACAAAUGUUUUCUUACUUUUUCACCCAAAUUUGUUUGCGGAAAUUGAGCAAGUGAAAAAUAAGAAAACCAAUCAGUAUCAUUCUUUAGUUGAACACUAAUUCCCAGUUACUAGCACAAGGAGGAAACACUAAGACUCACAAAGACCACAUAAUUUCAAAACAGCACAAAAAUCCUAGACCAAAAUACAGUCUCACCUAGGUCAAACGUAUUUGGAAAGACCAUGUUCAUACACAGUGUCUCAAGUAGAGUUUAAGACCCUUAUAAGAAACUGUCCUCAACCCCAAAGGAGUUUUGUUGUGCAAAACUGUGUGUAUUGUUGAUCUAAACCAAAUAAAGUGGUUUAGAUCAACAGUUCCUAACCAGAAUUAUUCAUACCCUGGGUUGUAUGCAUGCAGUUGCCAGGGAUACGUGGACAUAUUUUAGAGUAGCUCCCCUAAUUUGUGGCAAAAGUUUUAAAACCAGACAGUAUGAAUUGGUAGUACAUAUUCACACAUUUAUGUUUAAUAAGAAAUUAAACACAGCAGUAUUAGAAAUUGUGUACAUUUAUUGGCACCUAUGGAAAUGAAUGGUUGUUAUAUGAUAACAUAUCACUCCACUGUCAGAGUAGACCUGUCUGAGGCUGAAUAAUACUCAGGGCUGAAUGAAAGUCAAUACCAACUGGAAUACCAUGCUUAUGAAGGAGGUUUACUGACGUAUGUGGUUAACUCUGAAUUAAAAAAAAAAUGCAACUCUCAAAUCUGGAAAAUGGACUGAAGUAAAAAGAGCUGGUCCAGAUUUUACUUCUGAUAACUCUGCCAAAAUCAGUGGAUUUGCUCUUGAGGGGAAGAUAAUUCCAGGUGAAUCUUUAAUGUUGAGAUCAGCUUUGACACACAGGUUUGCACCAUUGACCAAGGGCAGUUUUCACCUUUGGGGAUAAAGAACUGGAUAAUUCAGAGCCAUUGUAGCUUAUUAUCUAUGUAGCAUUAUUUUAUUUAACCCUCCUCUCCUGGUCUAUAAACUGCUCCACAAGAGGAAUGGUUUGCUGACAGUUCUGAGACAGUAUGUCUACGUCUAAACAGUGUGAACUCAUUGUUCCAUUAGCAACCACGGUAAACAAGUUUGCUGUUUGACACAUAGCAACUUAGCUAGCUCAGAGGAGAAAAUACAAGGGAGAGUUAAGUGCACAGUACAGAAAAAAUAGACAAUAUUCAAGAGCUAUUGCGAAUGACUAGCGUGUGCAUGUUCCCCCAUAUCCUCGCAUGUUAGCUUGUCAGGAACAGCAAAUCAUCACCAGGCGUUCAAAAGCACCAAUUUCACAAAGACAUACAAAUGACUGGACCUUAAACCAGAUCUGUGAAGCUGUUCUCUGAUCCUGGGGUAACUGUUACUGAAUCUGUGUUCUCAUUCUUUGCUUAAUCUCCCGCCUUACUUUGUAACUUUAUGUGUCACACAUUCCUCAAUGUAUUAUUUGUUUUUAUACACACCGAUCAGCCACAACUGCCAAUAUUGCGGAGCUCCCCCUCGUGCCGCCAAAACAGCCCCAGUCCGUCAAGAUCUCUGAAGUUGUCCUGUGAUAUCAGACAGAAAGAUAUUAGCAUCACAUCCUUUAAGUCCUGAAAGUUGCGGGGUGGAGCCUCCAUGGAUCUGACUUCCCCUUGCACUUUUUUUAGGGUUCCCAAACCAUUCUUGAACAAUUUUUGCAGUGUGGCAGGAUGGAUGAACCUGCUGAAAGAGGCCACUGCCAUUGGGUAAUACAGUUGCCAUGAAGGAGUUUAAUUGAUCUGCAAGAUGUUGAGGUAGGCGGUAGCCUAUAUGUCAAAGUAAUAUCCUUGUAGGUACUUUCAGUGGUGAACAGGGGGUCAGCUGGUCUUUGGGUCAGACUGCCCAUGCCAAGCUGCAAUGCACUGUGGGUUCUGGCAGCUUUCUGUCAUAGCCAGUAUUUUUUUUUUUUUUUCCCCACCAAGUAGCUCUUCUGUGGGAUCGGACCAGAUGGUGCUAAGACCUGCCAUUUUGGAGAUGCCCUGACCCAUCUAGCCAUGACAGUUUGGCCCUCGUCAAAGUCGAUUUGACAGGUGCCACCUCAACAAGAUAAUCAAUAUUUCGGCUGAUUGGUGAACGUGUUAAUGUGAAAUUAUUUCUUUGUUUGUGUUUAUCUCAAGCUGUUAUCCAAAUCAGUUUUGUAAACUCGAUAUUGUAUAUUUCAGAAGUAAAUCAAUGAAAGCAA